UGCUUUUCUACUGCGCACGCACACGCGAGCGUCGGGGGUGCUUCGGAUGCACGUCGUUCUCGCAUCUCCACAGCAACAGACGCUGUAGUUAGAGCAAGUAUUCUCUUUUUCGUCUUUUUAAAUGAGAUGCGCGGUAUUUUUGUUGCGAUUCUUUAAAAUCAUUUUGUGGCGUGGUGUAAGCUAACAACAAAUAGAGCGUGUGUUGCCCACCUAACCGAGUUUCUAAACCAUACUUACCAAAUGACUGAACGCCGCAGGUUCACACAGCAUACAUUCGACCACUAGUUAACCACAGUUACAAAUUGCAUAUUAAAAAUAGAGGUUUAGUAAAGCGUUACUACAAUGGACAAAAAUGGCAACCCAUGAGACUUCAUGUGUUCAGACAAGAGAACAUGAAAACUGUUAGAUGAACCCGUCAUCCGAGAGCAUUCCGCCUUUUUGUAAAACGUUAGGGAUUAUGUAAACUGUUAUCCUCGCUGUGUUUGUACUCUGCUUUGUGGUAGGAGCAACAAAAUGGAUCUAACCGUGUCAUCGUCUGUAAGUAAUGAAGCUAGUUCCAAAUGGCUGGAUGCCUACUAUGACCCAGUGGCCAACCUCUACACUUUCUCUUCCUGUACAGCUCUUGCUGAUCUUCAUGGUGAUGGGGAGUACAAGCUAGUCAUUGGAGACUUGGGAAUGGGAGUCUAUAAUAUGAAGUUAAAGGUAUAUAAAGGGACCACUAUGAUGUCAGAGAACACGUUAUUAGAUAUGCCAACUGGAGUGGUGGCUUUCUUGAUGGACCAAAAUGAACCUCGUACACCAGCAAUUGCAGUAGCUUCUGGACCUUAUGUCUAUGUGUAUAAAAACCUGAGGCCCUAUUUUAAAUUCACUCUGCCAGCUUUGGAUGUGAAUGCAUUGGAACAGGAGGUCUGGAACCAGGUGAAAGAAGAUAAAAUUGACUUACCAACCCUGAAAGAGAUGCUGGAAGGCAUAAGGGACAAGGCUGACACUCCACUGUCUGUGCGAUCACUGAAGUUCUUGAUGCUGGACCCACAGGAAAUGGAAUCCUAUGUUCAACUCCAUAAACAGCUUCCCAUUAAGAGGCAGACAGUAAUCCUGUGCAUGAGUACUUUGAAGAAAAACAUGGCAGAUGAAGAUGCCGUGAGCUGUCUUGUGAUUGGCACGGAAAGUCUGGAAAUCUACAUCCUAGAUCCAGAAGCAUUUACAGUACUUGCUAAGAUGAGUAUUCCAAGUGCACCUGUCUUUAUGGAUGUCACUGGUCAGUUUGAUGUGGAGUUUCGUAUUACAGUGGCCUGCAGGAAUGGAAACAUUUAUUUUCUCCGAAGGGAUUCCAGGCGACCCAAGCAUUGUAUUGAAUUAGGUUCUCAGCCAGUGGGGAUGGUAAGAAUUAAUAAAAAUAUCGUGGUUGGAUGCUCGCAAGAAACUCUGCAUGGGUUUACUCAGAAGGGUAAAAAGCUGUGGACAUCUUCUCUUCCAGCCACUAUAACUACUAUGGGUCUUCUAGACCACAAGACUCGAGGAUUCCAGGCAGUAUUGGUAGGACUGGCAAACUCGGAGGUUCACAUGUACAGAGACAAAAACCUGAUAAACAUUAUCAAGACCCAAGAUGUUGUGACCAGUAUUUGUUUUGGCCGAUAUGGACGUGAAGAUGGUACCCUGGUAAUGACCACUAAAGGUGGAGGUCUGAUUAUCAAAAUCCUGAAGAGGACUGCUGUUUUUCAAGAGAAGGAUACAAGCCCUGGGCCUCCUUUAGCUCAGAGUGUUAAACUGAAUGUCCCAAAAAAGACUAAACUGUAUGUGGACCAGACUCUAAGGGAAAGAGAAAAUGCAGUGGCUAUGCACCGAAGUUUCCAGAUGGCUUUAUAUCGACUGCGUCUCACUGCUGCUCGAGCAUAUGUGAAAGCCUUGGAAGCAAGCAUGGCUCCUGUGUCCACAAGCCUUACUGAACCACUGAAGAUGAAUGCUGUGGUUCAGGGAAUUGGACCAAUAUUCAAGCUGACACUAAACAUCCAGAAUACAUCUGUCAACAGGCCUUCUAUGAAUCUUUUGGUUAGCUUUUUGUAUGAUGGAAUGCUGUACACCAUGAAAAGAUCUUUUUUCAAGGUCCCCCUAUUAGUCCCAGGUUUGAAUUAUCCACUUGAGACCUAUGUAGAGUGUUUGAGUGAUAAGGGAAUCUCUGAUGUCAUCAAGGUAUUUGUACUUAAAGAGGGAGUGUGUACUCCACUGCUUACAGCACACAUAUCUAUGCCAGUAAGUGAAGGACUGGCUCUUACCUGACAUGAAGACUUGAAGAAGAUUCUGGGAAAAGAAAUGUAACAAAACCCUAAAUAAGCCAUUUUAUGGUUAGAUGUUAGCAGAAUGAGACUUGUAAAAGUAUGUACAUUACUAGAUUACUGUAAAAUAGUUACUCAUCUGUGUGGUGCAGAAAUAUAUAGAUUGCAACCAACAGACUAAACUGAGAAUGAGUGUAACUAGCAAAGACAUUUUAUACUGAAUUCAGUUUCCUGGUAAGUGUUUUUAUACAGCAUUGAGAAAAGUGGUUCAGCCAUGUUGUGUUCCAUUUAGGGCAUCUUAGGGGAAUUAGAACAUCUUCAGUUACCACAGUAUAUUAAACGUGUACAGACAAAACAAGAGAUACUCUUGUGAUACCACCUGUUUAACCAAUGAAAUUUGCUUGGCUGUCAUGAACAUAGAAUAUAUAGUUACCUUGGAAAGCUUUGUAAAACAUUCUAAUCUGUCCCCAUUUGUAUCAUUCAUAAAUAGUUGGACAGGGAGUCUUGCUUGUCAGCUUUUCUCUGUUGUCACUGUAUAGAUAUAAACUGACUCCUUUUUUGAACAACAGUGCAGUGUAACAAAUAAAACUGGUAAACAAAUGAGUUUUAUCUAUGA